AUGAGGGGAGGAAAUAAUUAUGUAAAUCAAACAAAUGUUGAACCUACUUUUGAACAAUUAUUUGCAACUUCAAAAACAAUUCAGGAAGAACUUUCACUUGUUAACAAAGAACAACAAGUAUCAAACAGCAGAGUUCUGAAAGAUCUGUUUCCAAAAGAGAAGGCAAGGGCUGUUAUUUCACUAAAGAGUUUCAUUUCACCAGCCAAGGCAUACUUUUUCAAUUCUGUUGCCUGUAAGGUUCCAUAUCUUAGAAAUAAUGACAAGUGUCAACAACAAGUGGAACAAUCAGAAGAGAAAAAGAUUUGCCUCUUCGUACAUGGUUGUGGAGAAUUAGAGGAGAGAAAAGGACCUCCUCUUAAAGAAGAAUAUGAGCUCUAUUGGGGACCAGUUGCCGAUUACACACCUCAGUGUUCGGAAAGAUGGUUCAUUCGUGAAGAGACAAAGAAUAGAGGAUGGGAUAAUAUGGAGCUACAACAAAGUUUUUGUGAUUUCAUGUUAUUGAAACACAUUCCUAAAUAUGCCAAUCAACUCAAUGCAACUGAUAAUACUGUUAGAAAUGUAAUUGUUUUUGCUCAUUCAAUGGGUAAUUUAAUAAUUGCAGGUGCUUUAAAGAAUAAUCUAUGUAAAAUAGAUAAAGAAACUGUAUCUUGGUACAAUUUGAUGGGUCCAAUGAAGGGAACUAAGGCAGUAAGCGUGUUAAAGGAAGUUUGUGAAAAUAAGGUGUCAAUUAUUACACCAUCAGUUGCUAAAUUUGUUGCUUCAAAAGCUGGAUAUUGUCUUGACAAGUCAACUAAAGUCUAUCCAACCUAUGAAACAUUACAAACUACAUUUGAGGGAAUUUCAGAGUUGGAAUCUAUUGCUCAGCCCUACAUCAAAGGUCAAAUGUGUGGAACAAGUAGUACUGGCUUGAAUUCUUAUUAUUCUCCGGCCUUAGGAUUUUUGAGUAAUAUGGUCAACUUUGGAGAGCCGAAUGACGGGUUGGUUGGUAUCAGUUCAUGUAUGAUUGGUAAUUCAUCCCAAUUCAGCUCAAGCCACCUUUCUCAACACUAUAUUACUGAAGCUAAUCACGCCGAUGCUACCUGUAGAUUUGGAGAUGCUUGGUUUGGCUCAGUUAAACCAUGUUCUUAUUUCCUAAUGAAGAAAUAA